UUGAUGUUUUUCCUUUUUGUUAACGAUCGAUCGUCAUAAACCGGUACGAAGAUUAACAUUCUCUUUAUUUUGAAUCAUAUUAUCUGUGUAGUGAAAUUGCAAAAUUGUAAUGGAGCCUGGAUUUAAUAAAGGAAAUAGUUCAAAUUUACCAAGAGUAGAUUGUUUUACUGUGGCGCGGUUCUUCAUUAGGAACAAGGAUAUUUUUACACAAGAUCAUAAAAACGCAAAAAGGUCUCCUGGAGAGUCUCAUGGGGAUGAUGCUGUGGGGUUCGUUCAGCUGAGGAGAGAAAAUGAAUUGUGUACAGUUAUGUGCCGUGUUUGUCUCGAACAAGAAGUUCAUAGCAAACAGUACACAGUCACUGUGAUAGUGGAUGAACAAUAUGAAGAAAUUGAAAGUGCACAAUGUCCAGAUUGUGAGUCAUCUGCAGGAAUCUGCAAACAUAUCAUAGUGUUCGUAAUGUGGCUUCACCGCAGAAGCGAAGAACCUUCAGGUUCCGAUAUUAAAUGUUACUGGAAAAAAUCCCUGCCAUGGCAACUAGGAAUAAAACUUAAAUAUGUAACAACUUCUGAGUUAUCAAAAACGCCUAAAGCCUCUUUUACUUUACCAUCAGAUGAUAGAUUUUUUAAAGAAUUUGUAAAAGAAGCCAGAAAGAGAAAAAUUACAAAUUGUGGGUUACUAAAAUACUUGGAUGCCACAGGUACACUGUUAGAAGAGUGAAGGCAUAGUAUCAGCUAGUUCUGAAGUACCAAGCAAGCCUUGCUGAUGAUUUGAUUGAUAAAACAAGACUAUUAAUACUAAGAAGAUUAUUGUUAAUUUUAUUUUAAAUGAAACAUUAAAACAAACAACAUAGUCUACAAGCAGUCAAAAAUAUUUAAAGUGAAUGUUUGCUUGCUUGAUUGUGUCAAAGGCAUACUAAGUUAUGACUUAUGGAGCAUAAGGCAAAAGAUGGUGCAAUGUUAUAUGUAAACUUAAUUGGGGCGCAUUACAUGAUGGAUUGUAUCAUGUAAUGCGCCGAAGUACCUGCAACACAGCAACAAAAAUUACAUUUCUCAAUUUUACACACACUUACAGAAUAUAACAUUUAGAAAUGUUAUUUUUGUAUUGCAUAGUAACAGUUAAAAUUAUAUCUAGUAAGUACUUAAUGUUAUUUUAUUGUGUAAAAUUACAUAUUACGAAU